CCCCGAACGCCAUCUCCGCGAACUUCUUCAUUGCCAGUGUCCAUUGGUGGCGGGCCGGCGGCCUUGUGUGGUCGUUUGGGCGACUUCUGGCGGCGUGGAUGAGUGCGAUGUCUUCCGUGGUCGAUAUGCUUUCGGUCGGUGGCGAGGAUGAGCGCGGGCCAACGUUGUCCGCUUUGGAGAGGGCUGCAGUGACGUCCGCCGACGCCGCCGUCAUCAUGCAUUGCGAGACGGAGGUCGAAGGCGAACGACGCCAGACCACAUCGUCGCCUACGCGCUAUACAGAUGGGCAUCUGGCGAGACACGAGAGUAGCACCUGCAGCUUUGGAAUUGGCAGGGCUUCGGGUUUGGUGGCCGUCCGGGACGUCACAGCUACGCUGCUUUCGGUGUACAGGGAGAAGGUGGCGUGGCCGACUGCGGUGCGGAAGGCGGUUGUUCUGCGUGCUUUUGCGGACAAGGGUUUCCCGAACUGUCAUGGGUGCAUCGAUUGCACCCAUAUCUACGACAAGCCGGCGAACGCGGCUCCAAAAGACUACUACGACCGCAAGAGACGAUUCUAUGUCGUCGCUCAAGUUGUGGUGGAUUUGGACUUGCGCGUCCUCGAUGUGUUCGUGGGUUAUCCGGGGAGCUGCCACGACGUCAGGGUCAUCCAUCUGUCUAGUCUUUGGUCACGUGCGGUGGCGGGCGAGUUGUUCACAUGGCCUCCUGUGUUGCUGCCGUUCCAAGUGCAGACCAAUGGUUAUCUGUUGGCCGACAAUAGUUACCCGCCGAGCAAAUGGAUGGUUGUCCCCUAUGGCGGCACGACGCAGACUCCGUUCAAGGCCCGUUUCGACAACAAACAGAAGACGGCGAGGGGGGCAGUGGAGAGGGCCUUCGGGAGACUGAAGGAAAUGUGGCGGUUGUUCUUUGGGUCGCACAAGACAAACAUGGAGACCUUGCCGCAGCAGUUCGUGGUCGUCUGCAUCUUGCACAACAUCCUAAUCGACGUCGGGAUCCCUUUCGAUGAGAACUUGCUGUGGGAGGUGGACGCUAAUGGAGUUCGCCGUCGAGUGGAUCAUGGGAUCCAGCGCCCCCCCCGGCCUUUGCGCAUGGAAACUUCUACAGGGGAAGCAGUCAUGCUGCGUGAAGCGCUGGCGGAGCGAAUGAUGCAGCGAUGAGAGAUGUCGGCGGUGCGGAGCAGAAGUAGAUGUAAGUUGCGUACGUGGAAGGGCGUUUGACGGCGGCAUUAGAAGG